AAUAGUUUUCCAGUGCCAUCUCUCUCUCUUUCACACAGAGACGCACAAAAACACACAGAGCCUUCCAUUAUUAUCACCAUUCACCAUCUCUAUCAUUUUCUAAAUGCCCGUUCCUCCCACCUACAACGAAUAGACCAUAUAUAUUUAUCAUAUAUAUCUCUGUCUCCAUCUCUCUUUGGUUGGAGUAGAGGAGGGGUUAAUGGGCUCGGGCAGCAGCCGGCUGCGAUCCUGCCAGUCGCCUCGGGAUGGGGUCGGGACCCGCCAACGCCGACGACCCACCGCCAAACGUUCCCUUUCCUCUAUCCUCAUUUGCGGUGCCUCUUCUUCUCAGUCCCCAAACGAGAUGGAAGAUGAUCCUGCUGAAUUGCUGGUGAAUUCUGCAGAACAUUAUCAUUCAGAAAUGUUAAAUUUCCCAGGAAAAUAUGCUGCUUUAUCCGUUGGUAGCAUAGCCGACCUUGCAAGUAGCAAAAAUGAAAAUGGGAUCCCAACAGGAAGACCCAUGAUUGCUAAUGAGAAUCCUGGUCUUGAAUGCAGUCCAAGCAAUGGUGACACAAGUGAUAAAGGAAAAUGCUUGUCCAAAAGUGGGGAAUUGGUUCCUUCUGAUCAAUCAAUCACCAGCACUAGGACUCACGAAACUGACAGCACUUUGUACAUACAUCAACCAUCUUCUGAUUCAGCAUUUGCAAAUCAAAGGCCAACUAUUGAUGCCAUCAGUGGGACAAACAACGAUAUGAAUGGGAUUUCAUCUCAUCUCGGUGCAGAGCUCACCAAUUGUACUAUUCCUUCUUCUCUGAGCCUCAAUUCUUCAUCAGAUGAUAUUUCUGUUGAAAAUAAUGUCAAUGAAGCAAUUUAUUUUUCUUUCUCUGAUUCUGGCUCUGGCUCUGGUUCUGGUUCUGGUUUCAAUUCCACUGUUUCGGAGUCACCAAUAAAUGCUGAUUCGCCAAGGGAUGAUACUCUACAGGAGGUAAUUCCUUCAGGUUUAGGAAAUCCCAUUUCAGAAAGAGAACAAACCAGGCAAGAUACAAGUGUACUGCAUGUUGACAUGCCAAGUGUCUCCUCUGAUAUUUUAGCUAGUAGUUCUGCUGAAAUAGGCAGUCGUGAAGAAAGAAUGAAUAGUAGAAGACUAUUUUGGGAUGCUUUCUCAAGACGCAGUUCUAGAAGACAUACGGAUUCGAGAACCUUUGUUUUUCCGUCUGGUAACUCUGAUAAUUUAAGAUCUCGUGACAGAUGGAUUCUUGAUUUUAGUGGCGAUUUAUUUAAUGAUGGAAUUGGUGGAGAUUCUAGAGCUUAUGAAAGCAGGACUCAAGGUAUAAAUGAACGAAGAUGGCAUUCGAGAUCUGAGAUUUGGGAAAGACUUCGUGGUGGUUUUGAUACAACCGAACAAAGAAUUGCAGUUUGUCCUAGAGGGAUACACACUGAUGGCAUGUGCUCAUGUCAGUCAAGUUUGACAUCUGAGGAAUCUGGUGCUCGUGCUGGCGUUUCAAGGAUUGUCAUGCUAGCUGAAGCGUUGUUUGAGGUACUGGAUGAAAUUCAUCGACAACCAAUGUCACUUUCCUUGUCUAUGGUCUCACUCCCAGCUCCAGAAUCGGUGGUUGACUCUUUUCCCUUGAAGACUCACAGAAAGCCAGAAGGAUUGGAAAGUGGAGAUGAGGAUCAGCAGUGUUACAUUUGCCUAGCUGAGUAUGAGGAGGGAGACAAAAUUCGAGUUCUUCCAUGUUACCAUGAGUAUCACAUGUCAUGUGUUGAUAAAUGGCUCAAGGAGAUUCAUGGUGUGUGCCCACUCUGCCGGGGGGAUGUUCAUGAAGGCUUCACAGAAGUCUCUGUUUCGAACUCAGAAACCCCUUCUCUAUAGACUCUUCAUUUAUUGCUUCCAAGCACAGGCCACAAACCCAUUUGCCAUAAAACUGAGCCCUGGUGCAUUGGAUGUAGGCUAUGGUGCAGUCCUCAGACAUGCCACAGCACUCGCAUUUGACCUCUCUGUGGAUGCAGCAGUUUGAGUUGGAAACCUUAAAUCCAUAUACUUGAAUAUGCCCCUCUCUUGGUCUUGUCUGUGACUCCUGCCAUUUGGAACAUGUCCAAUGAAAGUCUCCUUGUACUUCUGUUUGGAAUCAUUGUAUGUUCUAAUUAUGCCUCUCUAAAACUGAACCUGUGAAUUUUUGUAGUAGUGUGUGAAUAUGUAAGUGAACCUGAGAAAUCUUUUUUUUUUU